CAAAACUCUUCGUAUGAUGUUCUCUGUCUUCAGGAAUAUUCGAUCGAUGCUCAGUUUACGCUCUCUUGGGACGACACUCGAUUGACCUGUAACCCCGAAAAUCAAGAGAAGAAGACAAAAUGCCCGAAAAAAAGGGACAUAAGAGAAUAUUUUAAUAACAUAUGGACACCAGAUCUUCGCUUCCUUCAUCUGAAGAAAGUCGACUUCUAUCAAGAACCUUUCCCAAAUCUACGUUUGCUACUAGAACCUAAUGGACGUAUCAUAUACAGCAAGAGAUUAACUGUGACUCUAGAAUGUCGCAUGGACGUUCGUCACUAUCCUUUAGAUACGCAGCGAUGUCCUCUGAUUCUCUGCUCUUAUUCGUUAACAGAUAAAGAAUUGGAAUUAGUUUGGGAUGAAAGUACAAUAGGAGUGGAGAUUUAUCCGGAUGCGGAGUUGACGGAAUUCGAACUUCUAUCCCCUGUUAGAACUGGGAUUAGAAAGUUACACUACAAGGGAGCUGAUGUAAACGGACUAUUCAGUUGUGUGAAUGCAACGUUUCGUUUCAAACGCCAGAAUAGUUAUCAUUUAAUGUAUUCGUAUAUGUUGACAACCUUCAUUGUUAUCGUGUCCUGGAUGUCGUUCUGGUUGGAUGUUACUGCAGUACCUGGAAGAGUAUCUCUGGGAGUAACGACUCUUCUUACCUUAACUACAUCAGCAGGAAACAUCCGAGAACGUCUACCUCCAGUUGCUUACGUAACAGCUAUAGACGUAUGGGUCGGAUUCUGUUCAUUCUUCGUCUUUACCGCUCUACUAGAGUUUCCACUCGCUAAUUACAUAAGUAGACGACCCAUUCCUAACCCAAAUUCUAAGAAACGAUUAUUCGUCGUUAAGAAGCAGUUACAAGUCAAGGAUGCAACCAGUGGAAACUUACAUGUGGUUGCUUCGGAACAUAAGGAUAAAAGCGAGAUUCCUACAGCUGUUGAAGAAGCACGUACUUUAGAUCGUGCAUGUCGUGUACUGUAUCCAUUACUGUUUAUCGUUUUUAAUAGUAUUUACUGGCCAUAUUAUAUAUCGGCAGCUAAACUAGACGAAAAUAAUACAUGAUUUCGUUAGCUGUACUUCGUAGGAACUCGUGUAGAGAUUAGUCGAGUCGUGAAAUAAUUCUAUUUUCAAUAGAUUUAGAAUGAAUAUAUUUAUCUUUAGAUGAAUGUAUCCUUUAAUUUAUUACUCAACAUGAUAGAAAAUAUGUUCAUUCUGAUAUUCCAUACACUUCUGUUGAAAUAUUUCAAAAAUAAAUUACAUAAACCAUAAUUUUUGUCAUUCAAGAUACAGUUAUAUAAGUUAUAAACCUUACUACAGUAGUAAAAAUAAUUAUUUAUAAGUGUAAAUAAAUUAUUAAAAA